AUGCCGCGCCAUCAACCACCCGCGUCCCGCCUGCAAGUCAUCUAUCAUGGUUCCGCCUCUUCCCCCGACGGCUCCAUCCGCGCGCAGCCGCAGCCCCUACGCCCCAAUUCUUCCGCCAUUAAGCGCAUGGGCGGUCUCGGACGCGCAAUCUCCCUCGGUUGCCCCCCGUCAAAUAUGACCGCAGGCGCAGGCGCCGGCGUGGGGAUAACUUCUCCUGGCCUUGGGUGUUCCGCCGGAGGGGUUUUCGGCGGAGGCGCGGCAACUGCCACUACUGGUGCUUCCGUUGUCGGCGCUGACAUCUCCCCAGGAGCAGGAUCCGCGGGAGCUGCUGCGCUCGGCGUGAGGCUAGCGCCUGGCGGAGUCAUCCCCGUGUUGAUCCGCCAAUCCCUCUGCAUCCAAUUCCUCUUGGACCCGUGGACGGCGCGCAUCCGCUGCGCCAGCGCGGGCGCGGAGCUUGCGCUGGGGUAUUCUUCCGCGGAGUUCGACCGCCUGUCCCUCUGUCACCUAGUGGAUAGCCUCCCCCUAGCGGACUGGCUGCAGCUGGUUGCGCCAUUGGCGGCGGGAGAUGAGCUAGGCGCCAAGUUUAACAUGAACUUGGUGGGGAAAGGGCGCGCGUUUUGCGCAGAGGCUGCAGCAGGAGGGGGAGGAACGGGCGGAAGCGGAAGCGGGCUGGGAGGGACUGCUGGCGGAUGGAAAAGGGGAUCAGUGUGGGGAGAGCAGCAGCAGCAGCAGCAGCAGUCACAGCACUCGCAUUCUCAGUCGCAGCCGCAGCAGCAGGUCCUGCUUCCCGGAAAAGCGACGUCCCGUUUAGGCGCUACUCGUUUCAGCGGUGGCGUCGGCAAUAGAAGCGGGCGGCUGAGCGGCGCAGCGGGGCUGUUCCCCCGGUCAGCGUCGACCACAGAUCAAGACCUCUCUCGCUCCGCCUCGUGCAAUGUUUUCGACGCCACGGACGACGAUUCCUCGUUCGAUUCCGGCCCGGAGGACGGCAGCGGCAGAGGCGCGCGGCAGGACUCCGGGUGGGAAGGCGGGCUGGGGAGGAUGCGGGGCAGUGGGGGGGACGUAGGGGGAGGAGUCGGCGGAGGGGGCGGGGGAGCGGGGGGGGGGGGGAGGGAGAGGCAGUGCGGAUUUCCCGCGGGUGGGGAGUGCGGGAAGCUGGAAGGGGAUGGAGGUCGGGGGAGAGAUGGGGAUGGGGGUGGGGACGGGGCCGGGGGAGGAGGUGAUGCGGGAGAUUGCGGUAUGUGUGAACCUGCAGUUUCUAGAGGUAGGCGGAGAGCGGGAGCUGGUAGCUACAGCUCAUGA